AAACUGCUGCAGUGCAAGGCGUUCAGAUGACACAUCAGGAUUCUUGGAAUACAGUUUGUAUAGAUUUUGUGGUGUCUCGAGGUUUUGUGUUUUUACAGGCUGUAACGAGUUGUAACUGGCUAUGGGAAUAUUUGUGGGCUCAGCAAAAAAAAUAACGCUUAUGAUAUUUCAUCGACACAAGAUGUCAACACUGAUGACGUUGAAGCCAAUAAGCUUGUUGAUUUUCUUCCCCUCGUUCGCUCCUUUGCUCCACUCGUUACUCCACUCCUUUGCUCCACAUACCUUUUUCAUUAGCUUGGAUAUUGUUAGGCAUGCAGGCACAGGCAGAUUUUGCUACAUUUAUGAGCUGAGAAGGAAAGAAGUAGCCUACCAACGCAAAAUAAAAACGUAUUUAUGUGUUAUAUAAUUGUGUAUAUAACUAUGAGAUCAAUGUGUUUAUAUGUUCCUUUGGAAACAAAAAUAGACAAGAUGCUUUGCAAUUAUUUUAUUUUCAUCUGCUUGGAGUCCAUUCACUUUGAGACCUUUGAAGCUUGCGUGACGAUUGGCUUCAACAAAAUGACCUAUAUUUUCGCUGGAUAAUCGGCUCAACUGUAAAACUAAGGACCCGUCCACGUAUGCUGCUUCGGCAAAAGCAGCGCUGUGGAAAUGAUUGGAAGUAAUGAGACUCCACGAGAUCCACCAUCGCUCUGAAACGCAAGUUAACGUUUAUGGUGCGAGAAUGUGACUGCACAUUAUGAUACGUCUUAUCUUUGUGGUGCAUCUGCUAACGAUUGUUCCAGUAUUGCACCCAGAAGUAUCCCAAGAAUACCUAGUAUACCCAGUGGUGGCAGCCCCCGGAAGUAACAUCACCCUGAGCUGUUUUUUUCCACGCAGUGAAACUGACCUACUCUUCAAUCUAAUAGUGGUCUGGGUGCAUGGUGAUGACAUGGUGCACAGUUACUACAAAGCAACAGACAAUCUGGAGGCGCAGAGUCCAGCGUACAAGGGGCGCAGUCAGCUGUCCCCAGACCAGCUGGCUGUAGGCGAUGCCUCACUCAGGCUAACGGGGGUGCGAGCGAGCGACCACGGCAAGUACACGUGCGAUGUGGCCAAUGAGCAGGGCAGGAGCAAGAAGCAGAUUUUUCUAGCAGUAGCAGCUGCAUAUAGGGAACCUGAGCUUGCCAUCCAGACCACCUGCAACAGCGUCAUCCUCACCUUCCUCUCCACCCUGGGCUUCCCUCAGCCCACUGUGCUGUGGAGAACCAAGACAGGAAGUGACAUCACCAACCAGAGCAACACCACUAUGGUCCUGGACGAAGGGGGAAAACAUUAUGAGGUGGUGAGCGAGAUGGUGCUGAAGCAGAGUGACCCAUACAAUUGGACGGUCACAUUUGAGAUGAGGCUGGAGCUCCUCAACCAGAGCUUCUCCCGCUCUGUCAGCCUCCGCCCACUCCCAGAUUGCUGUGGGACGCCAGUGGAACCUAGGAACAGACUGUUUCUGCUUGUACCACUAUUAGCUAUAUCAUUAGUGGUACUGGCUUGCUUAGUCUGGUACAAAAACAGCCUGUCGCAUGGACCUGGGAAAGUUGACAGUCCCAUUGGAACAGAACCGGUUGCAGAGGAAGAAGAAAGCUUGGGAAGGCAAAGCAGGCAUUUGUCUGUGUAAAUUUCAUUUUGCUUUGUGUGGUGCAUUCAUUAGUGUGCGUUUUAAUUCAUCCCAUUAUUAUAUGAAUGAUAUUUAGUUCGUUUUUUUACUGUUCACUUGUAUAAUCACACAUGGUUGUUUCCACCGUCUUUUCCGUUUUACUGCCUUCCAUAUUUGCAUCAGGGCGGCCUGUAGCUUAGUGGUUAAGGUGCAUGACUGGGAUCCGCAAGGUCGGUGGUUCGAUCCCUGGUGUAGCCACAAUAAGAUCUGCACAGCCCUUGGGCCCUUGAGUAAAGCUAUUAACCCAGCAUUGCUCCAGGAAGAUUGUCUCCUGCUUAGUCUAAUCAACUGUACGUCGCUCUGGAUAAGAGCGUCUGCCAAAUGGCAAUAAUGUCAUCCAUCCAUCCAUCCAUCCAUCCAUUACCUUAACCCGCUUAUCCUGAAUAGGGUCGCAGGGGGGGCUGGAGCCUUAUCCCAGCAUACAUUGGGCGAAAGGCAGGAAUACACCCUGGACAGGUCGCCAGUCCAUCGCAGGGCACACACACCAUUCACUCACACACUCAUACCGAUGGGCAAUUUGGACUCUCCAAUCAGCCUAACGUGCCUGUCUUUGGACUGUGGGAGGAAACCAGAGUACCUGGAGGAAACCCAUGCAAACACGGGGAGAACAUGCGUCCGUCUGAAGCCCCCGUCCGUCUGGACGUCCAUCUGAAGCCCCACGUCCGUCUGGACGUCCAUCUGAAGCCCCACAUCCGUCUGAAGCCCCGCGUCCGUCAGUCACCUGUACUUCCCCAGUUUUUUUUCCUGUUGAGUAAUUAGAAAAUUCUACUAUUCGUUGGAAUACAAAGCUCAGUCUUCAGAAGCUUUUUAUUUGGAACAAAACUAUUGGCAAACGUAUCUUAAAUAGCAAUACAUUUUGUCAGCAAAUUAGUAUUUUUUUUAGAUAUAGCAAUUAUUAUUAAUACAUAGAAAAUUUGGUAAAUAGAAAGAAAGUUCAUUUAGGAUAGGCCUAAUACAUUAUUAACUGGUGCCACGCAUCAACUUUGCCUCGCCUCAGAACUGCUUGAAUAGGCUAGCUGAAGAUGCCGAAGAAAUCAGCAGAGUAAAUGGUAGGCAUUUAUAUAGCGCCCUUAUCCAAAGCGCUGUACAAUUGAUGCUUCUUGUUUACCAAUUCAUACGCAAUUUGUUGCCAUGCAAGGCACCAUCCAGCUCAUCAGGAGCAUUUAGGGGUUAGGUGUCUAGGGGUUAGGGACACGGCCCAGGUGGGGGAUCGAACUGGCAACCCUCUGGUGAGGCGGUAAGACUGGUCUUACCACCUGAGCCAAUAUCGCCCAGUGUGUGAACAUUUUAAAUGAUCAGCUCAGUGCCAAAUAUGCAAAUAUGUUUCCCGACGUUAGGCCUAUUUUGUUUAUUUCUCCAAGCUAAUACAGACCGUUUCAUUUAUUUAUUUUAAGCCUAUUUUAUCUGUCAUUGCACUGUAACACAUGAUUCUUAGGCUAUUCUGUUUGCUAUUUAUUUGUUUCACACUCUGUAUCUAUUUCAUCUAUCCGCUGCUGUCCAUCGAUCGAUCGAUCUGGUGUAUUGAAGCGAUUUAAGGUAACGUCAGUGUACCGCCAGAAUUGCUGCAAGUGCAAAUGGAGAAACAAACAAAACAAAGCUCUCGUUCUACUCCUCGUAAAAAUGUCAACUUGGUAUGGAAAUGCUCAAAAUACUUUCAGGUUGUCGAACACAUGAUAAAAAAUAUAUCGGAUAUUGUUGUGGCGGCACGGAUGGUGCAGUGGGUAGCACUGCCGCCUCACAGCAAGGAGGUCCUGGGUUCGAAUCCCCGUCGGCCGGGGCCUCUCUGUGCGGAGUUUGCAUGUUCUCCCCGUGUCUCCCCGUGGGUUUCCUCCGGGUACUCCGGUUUCCUCCCACAGUCCAAAGACAUGCAUGUUAGGCUGAUUGGAGAGUCUAAAUUGCCUGUAGGUAUGAGUGUAUGAGUGUGUGAGUGAAUGGUGUGUGUGCCCUGCGAUGGACUGGCGACCUGUCCAGGGUGUAUUCCUGCCUUUCGCCCAAUGUAUGCUGGGAUAGGCUCCAGCCCCCCUGCGACCCUGAUCAGGAUAAGCGGGUUCAGAUAAUGGAUGGAUGGAUGGAUAUUGUUGUCAAAAGAUACAGCAAAUGUAGGUAAAAUAUCCUAUUCCCGCAAUGUUAUUCUUACCCCCGAGGGCGUGGCUAUGGCUGUGACGUUUCGAUCUGGGUUUAAAUAUAUUGCGUAUUUCGGAGCUACGCAGCAGUUGCUUUCAGCUUUACUGCUGUUUGGAGCACCAGAAAUGCAGUAAUGCUGCAGUAAUAAGUGUAGCAUUCCGAUUUGAGUUGCGUUCUGUUCUUCAUGAUGUGAUGUAGUUGUGUGGUGUUCGAGGAAAUUAAAAUGAAAUAAAAAAUGUUCUCAAACGUC